GGGGGAGCGUGAGGCUUUUGUGUUUUUAGUUUUACCCACCCAAAAACAAUUUCUUAUUAAGUAUAUCAUCUCUCAAACACUCGCUAAAACGCCUUCUUUCCCCUUCCCGGCCCCUCCCUUGGUUUUAUGCUUCUCCAUUUCGAAUCCCUUUUAAGCUCCCACAGCCCUAAUCUCUUUAUUUCCUUUUUGUUUUUCUGCACUUGUUUGAAUUGGUAAUCGUUUCAUUAAAUUGGGUUAUCGAUGAGAGCACCAAACAUGGCAACGAUCACAGAAUCAUUGGAGAGGUCCUUACAGAACUUUUCUUUGAACCAUGAAAGAAGCAACGAAGGUGGGGCUGAAGAAGGGAUAAUAGGGAGGUCUUCCACAUCAGGUGACAACAACAACCUUCCAAACACCGUUUCUGACACUAGCUUGGAGCUCAACUCUCAUCUCUCUCUUCCUUACCAUUGGGAACAAUGCCUUGAUCUCAAGACAGGGGAGAUUUACUACAUAAACUGGAGGAACGGAAUGAAAGCAAGUGUGGAUCCAAGGACAGCAGCUGAGUAUAGUGGAGAUUAUUACUCGGAAGAGGAAGAAGAAGAAGAAAACGAUGAUAGUUUGUAUGACAGUGAAGAGCUAUCAUCGGAGUCAUCACCUUCUUCUUCAAGAGAGAGAGGGCAUUAUAAUAACAACAGCAGCAGCAGCAACCACCAAGGAGUAGAGAAAGAGAAAGAGAAAGAUAAUGUUUUGGUUGUAGCUGGUUGCAAGAGCUGUCUUAUGUAUUUCAUGGUCCCCAAGCAAGUUGAAGAUUGCCCUAAAUGUAACGAGCAACUUCUUCACUUGGAUCGAUCCCAAACUGGCUUUCCAUAAACCCAAAUUUGUCUUUUCUUCUUUAGUAUGGUUGGUUUUGGGGGUUAAAAGGAGGAGUUUUAGACAAAUGAAUUAGUGGUUCAAGCUGUGAUUCUUCUUCCACUUCUUUUCCAGGCAUGGUGUUUGGAGUUUGUUUUGAAGUCGCAGCCAGAGACGAGUCUACCCGUACCGUGCUGUGCUGUGCUGUGCUGUGCUGGUGACUGUGUCAAUGGUUAAACAAUGAAUAAUAUUAUUUGCAAUGACUGCGACAUCUGGCUUUCCUUUUAUUUGUAUUUUUGUUUUAGUUUCCCUAGACAUUCUUUAUUUUAGACAUCCUCUCUCUCUCUCUCUCUCUCCACCUGCUGUUGCCCAAACUAAUUUUUCUGUAUUAGUUUUAUGACAGAUGUGCAUUAUUCUUUUCUUUCAGUUUCUCCUCCAAUCCUAUCCACGUUAAGAAUGUCAGUUUUCAAAGUUAUUUCAA